GAGUGAAGGAGCGGAGCGCUGUGCUGUGUCCUACUUUCUUAGUCGAGCGAUGCUGCUGCGCUGAGAGGGUGAGUAGGAAUCUCCCAGAAUGCCCCGUGGAGGCAGUGGCUGGGGAUGGAUGCUGCCUCCGUGCUGCUGUUAGCCGGUUAGCGUCGCCGCAGCGCGCGCGGACAUUUCCAGCUUCCAGACAGGCGCCUGUGGAGGAGAGCGGAGGCGCGCCAGCGCGCGCGCGCACACGGUCGCGCCAAGACCGCAAAAGCGCGACUUUUUAACCGGCCAGCGACGGUAAACCGUAAGACCUCCGCUUGGACCGGACAGAGAGGUGAGGGGGUCCACUGCCGGACGGAGCAUGGACCCCCUGACCGCCGCCGAAACGUGUACGCAGGAUGAGCGGAGCGAGACCUUCAGCGGUCGCCUCGGAGCUCGCGGCGGGGAAGCGGGCGAGCAGCAGCCGGACUGCGGGAGCGACGAGGCGGCCGCGGGCGGCUUCACAGACCGAGAGGAGCCGCUGGAGGAAAAAAUGAAGGGGCUGGCUUUCAGGAAACAGACCUCGUACAGGAAAGCCAUAUCUCGCUCGGGCCUGCAGCACCUGGCCUCAGUCCAGAAGCCUCUCCCUGCUGUGACCAACGGACCAGCCAAGGAGCUGCGUGCCACCAUCGACUGGAGUGAGAAUGCAGUAAAUGGGGAGCACCUGUGGCUGGAGACCAACUGCUCUGGAGAGAUGUGUUACCUGGGCGAGGAGACAUGCAUGGUGAAGAUUGCAAAGUCGGCUCCCCGGAGGAAAUGUGCAGCGUGUAAGAUCGUCGUUCACACGGCAUGCAUCGAGCAGCUGGACAAGAUCAAUUUCCGCUGUAAGCCUACAUUUAGAGAAGGAAACUCUCGAAGCAUCCGAGAUAACGUGUUAAGACAUCACUGGGUCCAUCGGCGACGGCAAGAGGGAAAAUGCCGUCAGUGUGGCAAGAGUUUCCAGCAGAAGUUCUUCCAUAGUAAGGAGAUUAUCGCCAUCAGCUGCUCGUGGUGCAAGCAGGCUUUCCACAACAAGGUGACGUGUUUCAUGCUGCAACAGAUCGAGGAACCUUGCUCUCUGGGCGCACACGCCGGGGUCAUUGUACCUCCCUCCUGGAUUAUUAAAGUCAGGAAGCCACAGAGCUCGUUCAAAAACUCCACUCGGAGGAAAAAACGGACCUCUUUCAAAAGAAGAACCAGCAAAAAGGGCACAGAUGAGGCAAAAUGGCGCCCGUUUAUGCUGAAGCCUGUGCCUUCUCCACUAAUGAAGCCCGUGCUGGUGUUCGUUAACCCUAAGAGUGGGGGAAAUCAGGGGAACAAGUUGCUGCAGAUGUUCAUGUGGAUUCUGAAUCCUCGGCAGGUGUUUGAUCUCUCCCAGGGAGGGCCUAGAGAAGCGUUGGAAUUGUACAGGAAAGUGCCAAAUCUUCGCAUCCUUGCCUGUGGAGGUGACGGGACGGUGGGCUGGAUCCUGUCUGUGCUGGACGAACUACAGAUGAACCCACAGCCUCCCGUGGCUGUUCUUCCUCUUGGCACAGGAAAUGACCUCGCCAGGACACUCAACUGGGGAGGAGGUUACACAGACGAGCCGGUGUCUAAGAUCCUGUGUCACGUGGAAGAUGGGACCGUGGUCCAGCUUGACCGCUGGAAUCUGCAGGUGGAGCGUUCACCUGCACAGCCCGAGGAGGGCACUCAGAAGCUUCCUCUGAAUGUGUUCAAUAACUACUUCAGCCUUGGCUUUGAUGCUCACGUCACUCUCGAGUUCCAUGAAUCUAGAGAGGCCAACCCUGAGAAAUUCAACAGCCGCUUCCGCAACAAGAUGUUCUAUGCAGGGGCUGCCUUUUCUGACUUCCUACAGAGGAGCUCCAGGGACCUGUCCAAGCACGUCAGAGUGGUGUGUGACGGUACAGAUCUCACAGCCAAGAUCCAGGAGCUGAAGUUCCAGUGCAUUGUCUUCUUAAACAUUCCCAGGUACUGUGCAGGGACCAUGCCCUGGGGUAACACAGGUGACCACAGAGACUUCGAACCUCAGCGGCAUGAUGACGGCUGUAUCGAGGUCAUCGGCUUUACUAUGGCCUCCCUGGCGGCGCUGCAGGUCGGAGGUCACGGCGAGCGACUGCAUCAGUGCAGAGAAGUGAUUCUCACCACCUACAAAACGGUGCCCGUGCAGGUGGAUGGAGAGCCAUGUCGCCUGGCACCGUCCACGCUUCGUAUCUCGCUCCGUAACCAAGCCAACAUGGUGCAGAAGAGCAAGAGACGCACAUCUGUUCCACUGCUCAAUGACAUUCAGAAAGUGUGCGCAGCAGAUCUGCGCCGCCUCUCUGCUCCCCCUGACUCCUUCUCGGUCCCUCACGCGGUGCCUGAACGCCUACGACUGCGUGUCAAUCGCAUCGGCCGGCAUGAAUAUGAAAGCUUGCAGCUGGACAAGGAGCGACUGCGAGAAGUCUCGACCCCUGUUGGCAUCGUGGUGGUAAGAGGAGACUGUGACCUAGAAACUUGUCGACUCUACAUUGACAGACUGCAGGAGGAUCUGCAUCAGACGCCGUCUGCUGGUCAAAGAGUGCACUAUCAGGAUGAGAGCAGAGGUUUGCCCCGGCCUGCUUCUGCCCACAGACUCUCCACUAACUGGAGUUUCUUAGACUCCACGUCAGCUGACCGCUUUUACCGCAUAGAUAAGGCUCAGGACCAUCUGCAUUUUGUGACAGAGAUCUGUCAGGAUGAGGUGUUCAUCCUGGACCAUGAGUCACCGGCAGUGAGCCAGGCCAGAGGACCUGAAAUGCCAGAUGUGGUGGUGGAGCCCAGCUCAGGGGUUUCACUGACAACAGAAGAACAAGGUACUGUAGAACUGCAAACUUGUUAUACAAACUGCAGAUUAACAGAUGAAAAAGCUUUGCUGACUGCAGCGAGCUCUGGUGACCUGCUCAUGCUGUCUAGCUCAUGCAGUAGUGGUCUCAGCUUGUUGGUUAGGGACACAGGAGGUCACUCUGCUCUGCACCUCGCCUCCCAGAACGGCCACACUGACGUCGUGAGCUUCAUCCUGCAACGUGUUUCAAAGUUGAUCCUGGAUCUAACCGACAAAGAGACAGGUGACACGGCACUUCAUAAAGCUGCAUAUCAGAGACAUUACGACGUAUGCAGACUGUUGUUAGAAGCCGGGGCUUCCCCUAACAAAACUAACUUUGUGGGGAAAACCCCCAAAGACUGUGCUCAGGAAGCUGGAGACUCUGAUUUGGCCUCCUAUCUGGAGAGCAAGGAGUCCGAACAGCCAGCCACACGUGAGGAUUUAGAGACAGCUGUGUGAAGAAACACUAGGAAACUCGGUUCCUCCCACAGACCCCGGCUUUCACAGCUCAUGAAAGUACCGGAGUCCACUUUCUCACAUGUAGAGAGAGAGAGAGAGACAGAGAGAGAGAGAGAGAAAAGAGAAAUGAGAGGGAGAGGUGAGAAGGUCACAGCAGUGACCUAAAGGAGCCUCAUAGAGACACGGAUGGGAGUCCUUUCUAGAGCAGAAACCCCUAAGAAGACAGAAAAAGGUUGUUGGUGCUUCCUGGGGAUCACUGUGGGUUUAGAAUGGUCUUGGGCAGAUUUCGAUUGGAAUUUAUUUAUUGCUUAUUUAUUGAUUUAUUUAUUGAAAGACUGAUUGUACUUAUUUUAAGAGAUGUCGUUUUCCUCUCGUUAAGCCUGGGUACUGGUAUAGUGGUAUGAGGUAUUCAAUGACAGAUAGAUGCCAUGCAAAUUGCACAGUGCAGUUUCCAAAAAUGUGGCCGUGGAGGCACUGUGACGGAGAUAUACAGAGGAACAGCAGGCACACAAGACACUGCUGCCUAAGCCAGCCACCUCUCCCGUACACCAUGUUGUGUAUGUGUAGUUGUGCAUUUUCAACCAUUAUCACAAUUGUACUACCAAUCCAGGCAGGCAAAGACCACAAGCUUCCUCUCAGGCAUGAGGAGUUUGCCAUCAGUUUUUCUUCCCUUAACCACCAAUCAUGCACCAGUGGCUCUAAUUGUCAAUAUGCUUUAGUGAGAACAUAACGUACUUGUUUCCUGAAUCAGGAGGAGUAUACUGCUCCACAAGCUAAGCAGAGUGAUUCCCACUGCCUGAACCUAACACACCCCGUAUUAUUUCUGUUGUAACGUAAACAGGUGAUUGAAACUUGGAGUUGACAUUAUGUGCCUCUUACUCUAGACAUGUCUUUAUAUUUCUUUAUUUGGCUCAGCUAAGAAAGUGGGUGCCUCACGUUCAAAGUUUUUCCAUAUCAGAGCAAGUGAAGGACACAGAAAGUCAUUCAGUGUGGAAAACCUGUCAACAUUAUCUGUGUACAUACAGUACAUGGUGUUUAACUAUACUCUGACAUCUGUCCGGUUCUUUUUUCGUUUUGCGUGCAGUGACAGUGAUCGUGACAGUGAAUUAUUAAUCUUAAGAAACAAAAGAUCAUAAUCUGAGCCAUAUUCAAUGCAAUAUGAAUGGAUAACAUAUGUGCAUUAAUCUCUUUAUUUUUUACAUUACAUUAAUGUUAAUAGACAAAUGGUUGUCUAAGGCACCUACAAGCUAAGUGAUGGAACAUUUCAUUCCUUUUUAGUGACGGUAGAGGAUUUGUCUUGCUUUGUCAGUCCCUACAACUUUUUUUCUUUCAGUUUGUUUUCUUAUCACUCCAACCUUCUGUUUCAAAUAGUGGCAAAAUGGCAAAAACAAGAGCAGCGAGGUUCAGUCAGAAGCGCAGCAUGUGUGCAUCCUCUGAUCAGAAAUCAUGAAACAGUAGCUUUUGAUGUUUGUUUAGGUAAGCCUGCAAAAAAAAAUAAUAGUGGCCACAUCCUGUUGCAUUAAAAACAAUGCGAGUUAAAAAUAAAGCAUUUGCAUGAAAAUGGUGAUGAUGGAAACUCGUUACACCUGCUGUGAGAGUGAUUUAUAUAUUACUGAUCUGCUGUGUUAUUUUGUAUUAUUUGUGAUUUUAUUGUGCAUGAGAUUUUGUUACCAGGAUAUUUCUGCUCAAUUAUGAGGUUAUAAAAUGGCAUUAUUUCUGUUCCUUUUUUUUUUUUUUUUUGUUAAACAUUACUUAUCAAAAGUACUUGCUUGAUUAUUAUUUUUUUUUAAAUGUUUAAAUUAUGGGAAUACUUGAAUGAUGUAUAUUUUUUCAUUUCUAAUUGUGUAUUUUAGUGUCAUCACUCUAUAUUAGUGGACUCUGAUGACUAAUGACCAUUCAUGUGUUAGAUAGGCCUCAUGUCUUUCUCGAAUAUUAGAAUGUUAGUCAUUAAAGAAUGGACAGAGUGGAAAGUACAUGUGACGUUCAUUCAUUUCCAGGAAAAUCAUCACAUAAAUAUAGUUUAUUGUUUGAUGAUUGAGCUGAGUAAGAAAACAAAAUAAAUUAUGUUUAUCUCCCA